GUGUCCCCAUCAAAGUGCCCCCUUACAUCAGGUGUUCCCAUCAAAGUACCCCCUUACAUCAGGUGUCCCCAUCAAAGUUUCCCCUUACUUCAGGUGUCCCCAUCAAAGUUCCCUCUUACAUCAGGUGUCCCCAUCAGAGUGCCCCCUUACAUCAGGUGUCCCCAACUGAGUGUCCCCUUACAUUUGGUGUCCCCAUCAAAGUGCCCCCUUACAUCAGGUGUCCCCAUCAAAGUUCCCCCUUACAUUAGGUGUUCCCAUCAAAGUGCCCCCUUACAUCAGGCAUCCCCCUCAGAGUGUCCCCUUACAUCAAUGUCCCCUUACAUCAGUGUCCCCAUCAGAGUGCCUGUUUACAUCAGGGUCCCAUCAGAGUGCCCCUUUAAAUCAGUGUCCAUAAUAGAGCUCCCCUUACAUCAGUUGUCCCUAUCAGAGUGUCCCCUU